AUGCCGAGAUGCGCCCAUCGGGAUCAGACACGUCAGGGGUCCAACCAUUUCGUGGACCUGAUCAAGUGCAGGGACUGUGGGGAGAUCCUGUUCAAGCACCACUUCGCGAAGACGAGCGACCAGAUGCUCCUCCAGUGUGUGCGCUCCAUACAGUGCAUCAACCGCCUGGAGACCACGGGCACGGCCCAGCCCGCGUCGCCCAUGGUAAACCAGUCGAGCUCCUCGGACAGCGAGGCCAUGACGGCGACAACGGCGCCUACGUCAAGGCCUCCACCGAGCCCUCCAGGGGCUCCCAAGAAGCUGCCCGAGCGCCUGUCGGCCGAGGUGAUUCGGAAGCUCACGGACACGGAGGUGCAGCAGAUCAUCGAGAGCGAGAGGAUCAAGAUCCGCCUGGAGGAGCAGCAGCGCCUCGCGCAGGAGAUCCUCCAGAAGGGCCUCAUCGAUACGCCGACGGACCAGCCGGAGGCGGACGACAGGACCAGGCCGAGCAAGAGGCAGGGCGUCGGCCAGAUGCCCAAGGCCGAGAAUGCCGAGGCCAGAGGAUCUGCCGACCCCGUCGGGAAUUCCGAGGCCAGCCGGAGACUUUCAUCUCGUGUGAAGAGCUGUGUACUUGGAGCGCUGAUCGCGGCGACGACAGCUCUGGGAAAGAUGCCGGGCACCGCCUGGGAGGCAGCCGAGACCUAUGGUAGGCUGGACCUCGCAGAAGUGGCCUGCGUGUCCGACUCCAGGCUCACGCACGCGAUGAUCGAGCAAGGAGGCAAGGCCGAGAGAUUCAGCAACUGGAACGGGUAUGACUUUUCCACCAGGUCUGGUGCAGAGAAGCUCGUGAAGGCGCUGCGGGUCAAGAGGCCUCGAAGAGUUUGGUUUUCCCCACCGUGCGGAGCAGAGUGCCCAUGGCAGAAUCUGAACCCCGUAACGGCGGAGUCAGAGAAGAAGCUGAUCAAUACCAGACGUAUCCAGAGGAACGUCAAAUGGGCUAUCGGUCAGCUGCUGAACGAGGGUUUCUGUGACAUAUACCUCGAGCAGUCAGGACGCUGCAGGUCUUGGACAGGCAACUUCAAGGAGCUCAAGGAGUCCAUGCACGGCUGCAGGAUUCACGGGUGCAUGUAUGAUAUGAGAGACGAGCAGAACGGUCUCCUCAUACGCAAGGACUGGCACAUCGCGACCACCGACCCGCAGUUCGAGAAGAAAGUUGGGAGGAUCUGUCCAGACCUACAUCUGCAUAUGCCGCUGGAGGGCGGCACGAGAGUGGCUCUCUCAGCGAAUUAUCCCGUGAACAUGUGCAGGAGGAUCGCCCAGCACUUCAUGACCAGGGCCACCUCGGACGAGGCCCUCGCCUAUCUGGUGCAGGCCCACAACGAGCUGGACGACGAACUGUGCGCAGCGGGCUACAGGCGAUUGCGGGAGAAGCGCCCACAGCUCCUGAAGGUCAAGGAGAAAGAGCAGGUGGACCAGUGCCAGCUCCUGAUCCUGACGACCCUGGAGAUGCUCAAGGUCAAGAGCAGUCGGUCUCGCAAGGCGGACCAGAAGCUCAUUGAUCUUUGCAGCCACUACGAGUGUCCGGGUGUCGAGGAGCAUUGUGGCAACACCACCGCGAAGGAGAUGAAGGAGGUAGUGCUGAAGGACUGGAUCCACCACUACGGCAAGCCGGAGGUCUUCAGGACAGAUCCCGAAGGUUGCUUCAGGCAGGUCGAGCAGCGCGCCUGGGUCUCGGGCAACGGCAUGGAGUGGAGACCAGAACCCGGAGAAGCUCACUGGCGAAUGGGAGUGAUCGAAAGAUGUAUCGAGACAAUCAAGGAGAUCGCCACUCGCCUCGCCUGGGAGCUACCAGAUGACACCGAGCCCGCGGACAUCUUUCGCUGGGCUUGCGUGGCCAACAACGACCUGAUGCGACACCAAGGCUACAGCCCGAUGAUGCUCAUGAUGGGCCGUACCCCGUCGGAGCAGGGCUUAGAGCAAGUGGAGAAUCCUUCAGUCCUGAGCGCAAAUGUGGUGGACAAGCAUUUUCAGGAGGUCACGCGCAUCAAGGCGGCUGCUUACAAGGCGUGCGUGGACCACUACCUGUCGGAGAAGACGAAGCGCGCUCUGCUGGCCAAGACGAGGCCGUUCAAGACAUGGGAGCCUGGUGAGAAGGCGCACUACUGGCGAGGUGCGAAAGGUAACAGCCACAAGACUCGGCCAGGUAUCGCUGGUCGAUUUCACGGUCCCGCCACUGUCUUGAUGCAGGAGCGCGAGAUGAAGAAUGGAGUUGCGGUGCGACGAGGAGUUGUCUGGCUUGUUGACGGUGACCGUCUUGUACGAGCAGCGGCCGCUCACCUCCGCACGACUACGAAAGCGGAGCAGACCCUGGAGAGCAUCUCCGCAGGGAGCUCCGACCACUUCAAGAAGAUUCUGCAGAAAGUACCGACACUUGUCAUGCCCGAGCUCGGUCGUGCCGAGCCCGAGUCUGAGAGCAGUGCGAGUUGGAUCUCACCCUGGGAGUAUGAUCAGCAGACGAAGGCUUCCGACCUGGUGGGUUUCGUGGGCGAGGACGAGCCGAACCUCGCGAUCAUGAUCGGCUUCGCGCUGGAGGAGUCGGAUGUGGAUCAACUCAGCCGGAGGCCUGACAAGGCCCUCGCUGCGAUGGUCAAGCAGAACAAGGUCGAGGUGAAGCUCAAGAACCUCACGGCAGAGGACCGUGAGAAGCUCCCGAUCGCGAAGGGUAACGAGAUCAAAUCUUUCCUCAAGUAUCGAGUUUGCGAGGCGGCCAGUCGUGCUGGAGUACACCCAGGUGCUCUGAUGAAGAUGAGAUGGGUCAUUACAAGGAAGGAGACUGGCGACCGCAAGGCUCGGUUGGUGGUUCUUGGCUUUACCGAUCCGGGUCUGGCCGUAGCCCACGUGGACGACUUCAUGAUCGCGAUUGACCAGCACUCGGACUUCGCAGUGGACGCCCUGCAGCAGCUCCAUCAAGCCUAUGAGUGGGGAAGCUGGGAGACCCAGGAUUUUGUUCAAUGCGGGACGCGUAUCCGACAAGAAUAUGAUGGACGCACAAAGUCGUGGGGCCGUAUCCAUCUGACCAUGAUUGACUACGCCCAGGAGCUCAUAGAGAUAGAUAUUCCCGCACAUCGACGUCGCGAUCCCGAGCAGCCGGCGACACCGUCAGAAGCUACCCGCCUGCGAGCUGCCUUUGGUCAGCUCGUGUGGUUAGCUACGCAGGGCGUGCCCCUCGUCGGGGCAGAACUGUCACUGCUGCUGGCAUACAGUAACUCCGCAACCGUGAAUACUCUCCUGCAGGCCAACAAGCUCAUCAGGCGCACCAAGUUCGAGGCGACCAAGGAGCUCAUCAUGGAGAAGCAUGCGACUCCGUGUGUGGUCGGCUAUUCGGACGCAGCCUGGAAUGUUCGACGGGAUGGUUCUUCACAAGGUGGUUUCUUGAUUUUUCUGACAGAUUAUACCUUGAUGCAGAACCGAGAGGCGCCGAUCUCUCUGCUGGCUUGGGCAUCUGCAAAGUUGCCGAGGGCGUGUAGGAGCUCGAGUGCGGCCGAAGUACAGGCCGCCAGUGAAGCUCAAGAGGAACUGGAGUUCUGCAGGCUGCUGCUGAGCGAGAUCCUGCUGGGACCAGCGCCUCUGAAGCAGUGGACUUCGAGCUGUGCGAAGAUUCCUGGUGCCCUGGUCCUGGACUGCCGCGGCGUGUUCGAUGCCCUGGAUCGGUCAGAGAGCAGCGCUCUCGGCAUGAAAGACAAGAGGAGCGCGCUGGAGGCCCUGGCCCUCAAGCGCGGCAUGGCCGCCACGUCGACAUCCCUGAGGUGGUGUCACAGCGGUGCGCAGCUGAGCGAUUGUAUGACCAAGAACUCGGAGAAGGCUCGUGCCAGCUACAACCUGUGGCUACAGCGAGGUACCUGGAAGCUGAUAUACGAUGCUAACUUCAUCUCCGAGAAGCAGAGGAGACAACGAGGACUGCAGACACGAGACCAGGCUACAUAUUUUGCAGUCGAUGACGAUGAUGCCUGGCAGUUGUACCCUGAGGAUUUGGAGAUCGAGGAGGAGGUAGAUAUUCCCCAG